GAAGUUUCGAGCGUUUCGCUUCUCACGCUCAUCUCUCGUACGCCCAUCCUCUUCCUUCAUUUUAGAUUAAAGCCUCCAACAACCGCCUGUACUGUGCAUGAAUGACUGAUCAAUCCAUUCUUUUUGUUUGCAGUCUGGUUUGGAACGGUUGAUGAGUGAACCGAUCUGGGUUAUUUCUCGAUUUUUUCCAGCUUUAAUUGGUGGAAGCUUAGAGAGCCUAUUCGUCACCGCCCCGCAUGAUUUCAUUUCCUUGGAUUUGAAACAUCUGGAAGUGAAUUGGGUUAGAAAUUGGGGCAAAGAUGCAGACUAGAGUGGUGGGGAUUGAGGAAGGGAAGGCCUCUGCAACUGCCACUGCCAUUGCCACCAGCACUAGAACAAACAACCCAAUUAAGACCCUACCUUUCAGGUUUCUUCAGCUAUUCUUUCUGUUUCUGCUUUUCGUCCUUGGUAUAUCACUGGCUAGUUUGCACACUGUCAAGUAUUUUGGAGGUCCAAAUGUGGUACCUGUAGCUCAGUCCAUAAUUCGACCUUGUCUUGAAGAGCCAGCCAGUAUAGAAAGAUGGAUCGAACCUCCAUCAAGUCUUAUGCACACCAUGAACGAUGCCGAGCUCCUUUGGAGAGCUUCUUUCAUUCCUCGUGUGAAGAAUUAUCCAUUCAAGAGAGUCCGCAAAAUUGCUUUCAUGUUCUUGACCAAGGGACCACUGCCCUUGGCUCCUCUUUGGGAGCGGUUCUUGAAGGGACAUGAGAAAUUUUAUUCUAUUUAUAUUCACCCUAUGCCACAUUAUGUUGCUGAUUUUCCACCCUCAUCAGUAUUUUACGGACGACAGAUCCCCAGCAAGAUCGCCGAGUGGGGAAAGAUGAGUAUGUGUGACGCCGAGAGAAGACUGCUUGCCAAUGCACUUCUUGAUAUAGCAAAUGAAUGGUUCAUUCUUCUCUCUGAGUCUUGCAUUCCUCUUCACAACUUCAGCAUCAUCUAUCACUACAUAUCCCGAUCCCGUUACAGUUUCAUGAGUUCGUUCGACGAACCAGGACCCAUUGGUAGGGGACGGUACAACGAAAGUAUGGCACCCAUGGUCAAUCUCACAAAUUGGCGGAAGGGUUCUCAGUGGUUUGAACUCAAUAGAGAACUUGCAGUGAAGGUGGUUGAAGACACAGUUUACUACCCUAUAUUUAAAAAGUUCUGUAAGCCACCAUGUUACGUCGAUGAACAUUACUUUCAGACUAUGUUGAGCAUCAAAACGCCACAUCUCUUAGCAAACAGGAGUUUCACGUUUGUUGACUGGUCAAGAGGCGGUGCUCAUCCGGCAACUUUCGGAGAGGCAGAUAUUGAGGACGAUUUCUUCAAGAAACUUCUUGAAAGUAGGACAUGCCUUUACAAUAACCAGCCAUCAACACUCUGUUUUCUGUUUGCUAGGAAGUUCGCUCCAAAAGCCUUGGGUCGUCUGUUAAAUGUAUCAUCGGGAGUUUUGGGAUUUUGAUACAAGCUUGGUAGAACAGCUAAUGAUAUUGGCUUAGUAGAUACAAUCUGCUUCAUUUUUUACUAGCUUUUACACGAGUUUUGAAAUAUUAGAUUUACACUUGUAGAUGUAUAUAAAAUAUAUAAAUUUCUCAAACUUUAGGGUCCAGGACGAUAAGCAAUCUUUGUUUAUUCUUUGGUCAAACAGCUUGAGGUAUUUCCUCUCCAGACACUUUAUUUUUGUUAGUAUAAAAUUGCAUUACCUGCCUUGGUUAGCAA